CCACCCACCCGCCGUCCGCUUCCUCGCCACAUUUCCCUUUCCCUUUCCGUUCCCACCCCCACGAUUCACUCAUUCAUCCAUUGGCUGCGCCCCUUCCCUCCUCCUCCCCUGCCCCAGUCACAAAGCUCCUUCCUUUUCCUCGUGCCCGCCUUCUCCUCCCCUGCAAUUCUUUCUCUGUUCCGCUGUAAAGGCGGAGCGGCCUGGAACAGGGUUGUUGGAUCUGAGCCAGUGAAGGAGUGGCCGACUGCCUCUGCGACCUCUCGCCGCCAGCCGCAGGCAGAUGCUGCCCACCGGCAGGAGCAGGCCUCAGCCCAGGCCUGCGCCCAGAUCUUGGUCCUUCUCAGACAUGGACCUCUCUGAUCCGAAGCGCAACUCCAGAUACCUCAGCAAGAUCAUCAUGGUCGCGCUCCUCACGGCCAUGUGCGUCGUCAUGCUCACCCAGCCGCCCUGCCAUAGGAAGGCUCCCAGCGUGUUCUCCAUCCAUGAACUCGGAGUAACGCAUGUGUUGGUGACGGGUGGCGCUGGCUACAUAGGAUCGCACGCAGCUCUUCGACUGCUCAAAGACUCCUUCAGAGUCACCAUUGUGGAUAAUCUUUCAAGAGGAAAUAUUGGGGCGGUCAAGGUUCUUCAGAACUUGUUUCCUGAUCCUGGACGAUUGCAGUUCAUACAUGCUGAUUUAGGCGAUCCAAUAGCUGUUAACAGAAUAUUCGCAGAAAAUGCAUUUGAUGCCGUCAUGCACUUCGCUGCCGUAGCGUAUGUGGGUGAGAGCACGCUUGAGCCUCUGAGGUACUAUCAUAACAUCACUGCAAACACUUUGGUUGUGCUAGAAGCCAUGGCGACGCACAAUGUUAAAACCCUGAUCUACUCUAGCACAUGUGCCACCUACGGGGAACCCGAGAAGAUGCCUAUCACUGAAGAAACUCCCCAGUUUCCUAUAAACCCAUAUGGCAAGGCCAAGAAAAUGGCAGAGGAUAUCAUUUUGGACUUCUCCAAGUCGAGGAAAUCAGACAUGUCGGUGAUGAUCCUGAGAUACUUCAACGUCAUCGGCUCUGACCCUGAAGGAAGGCUGGGUGAGGCUCCACCACCCGAACUGCGUGAGCAUGGCCGUAUAUCCGGUGCAUGCUUCGACGCGGCACUGGGAAUAAUCCCGGGUUUGAAGGUCAAAGGUACCGACUACGAAACGGCCGAUGGGACUUGCGUGAGAGAUUACAUCGAUGUCACCGACCUGGUCGAUGCCCACGUGAAAGCGCUCAACAAGGCGGAGAGAGGCAAAGUUGGCAUAUACAAUGUUGGCACCGGAAGAGGGAGGUCAGUGAAGGAGUUUGUGGAGGCUUGCAAGAAGGCGACCGGAGUCGACAUCAAGGUCGACUACUUCCCUCGCCGCCCGGGUGACUACGCGGAAGUGUACAGCAACCCUGCAAGGAUCAACCGCGAGCUGAACUGGACAGCCCAGCACACCGAACUCCAGGAGAGCCUCAGGGUGGCGUGGACAUGGCAGAAGAAGCACCGGAGUGGCUAUGCAGACUCGGGUCGAUAUAUUUUUUGACUCGUUCACAGAGAUAGCAGUUACACAUAAUUUAUAUAGCGUGUAUGGUCAUUUGUUCAAUUCCUGUGAUUUUAUUAUAUUUAUAUGUGGGAAGUUCACCAGUUGGUUAUAAAUAUCGAUAUGUUCUUUCACUGAA